CACCGGAGUGUUCUUUAAACGCACUUCCCUUUAAUCCCCCCCGACCUCAUUUACUGCUGACUUGUGCGGUUGCAGCAGCUGUGGAUAAGAAACAUAAUUUGCUUUUGUUUUCCGGAAUCAGGGGAUUGGAACAAUAAGCGACUAGUAGGAAGAACUUGGAAGAGAAGAUCAUUUGAGUAAAAUUAUUAAUGCACAGUCGUGUGCUAGUCCUACCCGUAACUUAACGACAGGCUUGUAAACCUUGUCUGGGGAUAUAAUAAGAAAACAUCUGUCUGCAAGACAAAUGUGCGAAGGAUAAGAGCUUCAAGGUUCUGACAGAAGAUUUAAGCUUUCUUGCAGAGAAAUGCUGUUUACUUGAACGAAAGGUCACAUCAAAUAUGUGCUCUAGGCAUCCAAACAUAGGAUUGUGUUUGUUGUGAGAGCCUCUUAUCAGGGCUUGCACAGCAAUAGGCCUGCGAUGGAGGAUUUUACAACCAGAACUUAUGGAACCAGUGGAUUGGACAAUAGACCUUUAUUUGGAGAAACCUCUGCUAGGGAUCGAAUAAUCAACUUAGUUGUUGGUGGCCUCACUUCUUUGUUAGUUCUAGUAACAAUUAUUAGUGCUUUUGUCUUCCCUAAUUUACCUCCGAAACCUGUGAAUGCUUUCUUCGCUGUUUGUAUCAUUAUGAGUUGCAUCUCAGUUGUUAUACUUAUUGUUUGGUAUCGUCAAGGAGACCUGGAGCCUAAAUUCAGAAAUCUAAUUUACUAUUUUUUAUUUUCGAUUGUCCUGCUGUGUAUAUGUGCCAAUUUAUACUUCCAUGAUGUGGGGAAAUGACUGACAGCAGUAUGUCUUACAGCUAAUGUACUGAAGAAAUAAACACAAGGACCUGAAGGAGGUAUACAGGAACAUACCUUAUACAAGCAAAGAAGGCUAUAGAAGAAUAGUGUCAUGAUAUCAAAAAUGAUUGGACAUUUCAUUUAAGUUGAUGUGGAAAGGGUGACUUUUUUUAAAAUUGUGUCUAUAACUGUUAAAUUAUAGUACAUUUGAAAGGCUUAAUUAUAAAAGUGGUAACAUGCUUUUAAUUGCUUGUUAUUUACAAAGGAAAAAAAAUGGGCUCAUUUGUCCUAGGUAUUGUUUUUCAAGCAUGUAGCAGAGUUGUAAUACGGUUUUGGGUAGAAGUAAGCAUGUGAUCCAAACAAUUCAAACUUGGACACUCGCUUUGAAAUGAUGCCUAUGCUUUAUCUAUCUUGCAAGCCAGCAAAGAUUCCUCUGCUUUUGGUCAUGACCAUGCUAUACUAUAUUAUUUGAUUACUAAUCGCAUUGUGAUUCUGCAUUAAUAAUAGGCCAACACUGUUCCGCUUGCAUCAGAAAUAAUUUUUUGUUCAAACUUUUAACGGAAAGCAUGAACCACAAAAAAAAAAAAAAAAAAGCACAUUGUGUAUUCCAAACCUGCCAAUGUUUUUAAUAUGGCAUAUUCUUUUUUGCAUUUUUGGAAAUAAAACCUUACAUUCCUUUUAUUAUAAAUUUGAUAAAUAUGCUUUGAAAAUAUAA